GGUUACAGAGCAGCAGCAGCAGCAGCAGCAGCAGCAGCGGCGGCGGCAGCAGAGGACAGCGAGGCAGACACACACACACACACACACAGAGAGAGAGAGAGAGGAAUCACGACAUUUCUGUUUCAUUAUCCCCCAGCACUCACUGACACUUCAUCCUCUCACCUGUGUUCCCUUCACGGUCCCUGCGCGUCUCAUGAAACAGACUCAGAUCCACCAGUAAACGACUUGAAACCGCAAAAGUGAACCGAACCUCACCGAGACUGACGCGGAGUGGACUUUUCUUUCUUUUUUUUUUUUUCUUCCUGCAGCGCGUCUGUCCUCUCUCAGGCCGAAAUAAAACUCCAACACAAGAGCUGCUUUUUUUGUUUCCCCCCCACUGCGAGAUCCAGAGGAGAUUAUCGUCCCGCAGACUCCCGCAUCUCUCUUCCCUGUCUGUAGCUGACUCAUUUUGCUGCGCCCGGGACCAUGGCGGAGUACAGCUCUCUGCUCAGCGACCUGUCUGAAAACAUCACCAACGAGGACUUGGAGCAGCUCAAGUCGGCCUGCAAGGAGGACAUCCCCGAGGACCAGAGCAACAACAUCACCUCCUCCAAAGAGUGGUUCAGCUACCUGGAGAAGAAUGACAAGUUGGCCCAGGAUAACCUGUCAUACAUCGAGCACAUCUUUGAGAUUUCACGGCGACCGGACCUGUUGACGAGGGUGAUCGAGUACCGCACCACCGUGCUCAAGAUCUCUGAGGAUGACGAAAUCGACACCAAGCUCACACGCAUCCCCUCGGCCAAGAAAUACAAAGACAUCAUCCGCCAGCCCUCUGAAGAUGAGAUCAUCAAGUUGGCCCCGCCCCCUAAAAAAGUGUGAGGUCGCGACCCUCAGCCCUGAUCUUUGCACCUUGAUUUCUUCACUCCUGGCACUCUAAUCAACCGACCAACCAUUUCUGACCAACCCCAUCCCUCCCCCGCUUCACCAACCCCUCUCACACCCCGCACACACAGACAUACUUACAUGCAUACAUACACACACACACAUACAGAUAACACAUACACACACACACCCAGCCCUGCCCCCUCCUCCCUGCACUAACACUUGCCACGGCACUGAACCACGCAGGCAGCCACCUACAAAGUCAACCAAUCAGAUCGUAGCGAUGCAGCCUCUUCCCAAGCUGAGGAGAGACGGGAAGCUGCGGGGGAAAAAAAAAAAAGACAAUAGACGAAGAAAUCUGGAGACCGACAGUGUAUGUGUGUGGGCGAGAGAGAGAGAGAGAGAGAGAGAGAGAGAGAUAGAGCCAAAGUCUACCCUCGAUUCAAACGCUGAGUGGGUCAGUUCACAAUGAGUGUAAUCUGUAAACACUGUUCAAUCUGUGAUGCUGUGUUAAUGUAACAUUCUGUGAGUGUGUGUGAGUUCACAUCAGUCAAGGCUGUUAUAGUUAAAAGAUAUCCAACCAUUUUGAAUUUAAAACCACAAACCCUGCUUAAAAAUCUUAACAACAAAAUGAGACUGUUAAAGUUUUAUUCUUUCAGAAAUUCUGAAAAGUUCAGAAAGAUGACAGGUGAACUGACAGGUACAUAUUUCAUGUACAGUGAUACAUUAUUAUGACUAACAGAAUUCAGCAGUGCUUUUAUUGUUUUAUUUUUUUUUUUACUUCACCUUGAAUGUUCAAAAUGAAACUGACAGACUGAAAACUACUAUCUGGAGACAAAAUUAAACUAAAACAUGUUAAUACAUAGUUUACAUGAUCAAAAGCAAUUUUAAAAACUGAAGUUAAUACUUAGCAAAAAACUAAGUAAGUAAAACUAAUCUUACUAUGACAGUGUUUCAGUGUAUAGCUGCAUAUUUGUUCCGGUGUGUUUGGGAAAUUUGCUUAUUUGCUUUCUUGCUUGUGACUUAGAUGGGAAUAUUUGAAACCGCGCUAAUGUCUUUCUGUUUAUACAGCUAAGUAUAAGCUACAGUUAGCAGAGGGUUAGCAUAAAUAUAGUAAACGGUGAAGCUAGUCUGGCUACUCUCGUUGUUACAUUUUGAUUUUUGUACGGUUUAAAUAAAUGAGAUGUGUUGUGUUAACUGGCUUGUAGAUGGACGUCGUUAGCUUUUGACAGAGCCAAGCUAGCUGUUUCCACCUGUUUGCAGUCUUUAUGAUAAAGGAAGCUAACCCGCCGCUGGAUGUAGCUUCAUGUAUUCAUCACACAGCGGCAUCUUCUCAACAAAUUCUCAGGAAGGAAGCCAAUAAGCAUAUGUGUCCCCAAAUGUCUAACUCUUCCUGUAAAGCCCGUAUAGUCAAUAAAUCAUUAUACCAUGAGGUCGCUGUAAUUGAAACAAAACUUAAUGUCAAACUUAAAGGAUCAGGCAGUCACUUUUCCUCAGUGUGAGGCUCUGUAUGCAUUCCCUUUACUCUUACGCAGAUAAUUGUAUCAUGUUUUAAGGGCAAAAAAAUUAUAAAUAUUGUAGAGGAAGAUAUUUAAAGUUGAUUUUCAUAUGAAAAAACAAUAUUUGACUUAAGCUUAUAAUCAUAGUAAGAGUUAUUUAAAUAAAAUAUUAAGAUGGGAAAGUUAUAGCAGUUAUUUCUAUACCAUGGACGCUCCCUGUCCGUAGGUUUUCUUUACAUCAAAAGGACCAGUUAGCGUGAAAGUCUUGCUGUAUGAGCUGGUUAGAGAUGUAAAUAUACAAAUAAUAUAUUACGAGAAAAAAUAUAGCAGAAAUAAUAUAUUGACCUGCAGUGUGUAUCCCAUAGAAGAGCGAACUUUCCACUGUAUGUUCAGUUUCACCAUGUCUAAAGACUUUCAACCUAACCUUAAUCUAAUCUGAAACUUCAGUCUCUCUGUGAACAAAUUAAUUGGAGAAAACACACAUAGCGAGCACUAAAGUACAUCUAUUUCAGAAUAUUAAAGUAUAUUUUGAGAGAGUAUAUCGGAUAUUAUAUUUACAGCGUGAACAUGUUGUGUUUCGUGACACAUAAAAAGACAAAUACUAAACUUUCUUUCACCCGUUUGUUGCCAUUUCAUUUGUUUCACAGAAAAUAACUGACCUGAAUGUGAGUUCUUCUCUUCUAGUUUGAAUGAAAGACAAACUAAAGCCUCUGGAGAUAAAAAAAUAAAAUAAAAUAAAAAAUAAGUGCAGAUCAAAGUUGGAAAAAAUAAAAGGAUGAAAUGUCAAAAAGAAAACCACGGCAUGCGAUAAUAAUAAACCAUGUCCUUUAAUAAACUGUACAUAAAAUAGAUUGUGACAAGGAUCUAUAAUGCACAGGACGGCUCAUAACCCGCUGACUAUGCCAUUCCCGCCAUGCACCAACACAAUAGCUAGCAAGACUGUUGAAACUAAACUAUAAUAACUGCUCUUUUGAACACUGUGUCUCUUUUAUCCCCGCGAAGACGCCUUAGCAGACUUUGUGUUUACCCCGAAAUUUUUUUCACGACUGUGAGAGAUUGUGUGUGAAGCGGAGACAGACGCCGACGCACACGUCAAGUUAAUCAAAGCGGCUCUCACUUUUAAAGAGAGCGUUGCUACUUUUAUUCUGAAAUUUGCUAAGGACUUCAGUGUUGGUGUGUACAGAAUGUCUGUGUGGAUCUAUUUCUAGACCCCCACCCCCGUCUUUGUUGUCCUCGAAGCUGUAGGAUCAAAAAAACAACAUAAAAAUCUAUCAGUGUAUGACUAAUCAUUUAUCCCAGGCCCGCUACCCCCCCCCACCAACCCCAGUGCCAAUGACCAAGACUUUUGUUUCGAUCACAGUUUCUGUGAUCCGUCUUCUUUUUCUUUUGUAUUGCUCGCCGUAUAUUGUAGUGUUGGACUGAUUUGUAUCCUAUGCAUUUAUGUCUGUAGGAAAACUGCACUGUAACAUACCCUCCCAAACCAAUCACUUAAAUCUUAAGAACUGAGCUCUUUAAUGGUGACGAGUCAGGGUGUUUGACACGAUCCUGAUAUUCUUGAGUUUGAGUUUGUAUGACGGAUGUGCUCGGUGAGGUGGCACUUGAGAAGAGGAAUUCAAAGUAUGUUGUUUCAGAGAAGGAAAUAAAUGCUUGUCGAGCAAUGUUUAUUGUUUCAAACUGGAGGGAUUAAAAAAAGAAAACUCGUUAGACCAACUAUACUGUAUGACUCACAUUUUACUCUUUUGCAAGCCAAGUCUUACAUAACUAAAACAUUCAAUAGUCCUUUAAUGCCUGAACAUGUAUGGCAAGGUUUGAUAGUUUACAAACAGUGGACGUGUUUGUCUUUGCAUAAAACAUCCAGUUAAUGUUGGCCAGAUCAAGCUUUUUAUGGUAUUGUUAAAGGAAUAGUCUACCCUUAAAUACUUUAACACUGUCAUACUUUGAAUUAAGCCGAGCCUGUUUUGCAUUUCCUCCACAGAGUGGUAGAUGUUAUUGUGAAUGGCACACACUGUUUUCAAUUGAUCAACCAUUUUGGUCUGGACUGAAAUAUUUUAACAACUGUUGGAUUGAUUGGCAUGAAAUUUGGUGCACACAUUCAUGGUCCCCUGAGGAUAAGUUAGGGUUCAACUCGCUGCACCACUGUGUCUAAGUGCAGCCUUACAGAGUCAUUAGCUGUCCAACUCUUGUUCCUGUUUAUCUGUGAAGCCACAUCUGAGUUUAGUCAAACUUUUGUUUUAUUCUUCCACAAAAUCAACCAUUAAGUUUUUGUCCUCAGAGAGAGGGGGCUUAUUUCAAAUUCAGUCAUAUAAAAAAUAAUCCAACACUUCAUCAUAAAAUAUCUCCAGGUACAUACAUCAAAUUGAUGAUACAUGACAGUGUCGAAGUAUUUCCUGGGUGGAUUUUCCCUUCAGCGCCCAGACUAUCCCUCGCUAGGCCGGACCCUAAGUGAAGCGGUAGCUGCCUUCCUGUAACCUUGAGCCUAUUGAACGCGAACUGGGAUCACAACAUCGAUCACAGGGCUGAACUGAAAGCAUCUUGUCAGGCAAAAGGGAGGCAGUUGUACUCACUGCUAUGACCUGUGGGCAAUGGUCUUUCCCAGUGUUAAAAUGGAUGUGAUUACUGACCAUAAAUGUUGGAUUGUCAUUCACCAAUUCCAGCUUUGGUAAUUCUACAAACCAAAAUAAAGAUUUUUUUUUUUUCCUCCCAAGAUUUCAGCAUGUUUCCAUUUUCGCACAAAAUAUCAGCAAGGGAGGAUUUGGGCCAUUGUAUUUUGUUUCUCUUUCUUUUUAUUUUAAAUGCUUUUUAAAUAGCAACUUGUGAAUUUAGAUGUAUGUGACCAAGUGACUUUUAAUUUUUUAAUUUUUUCUUUCUUCUUCUCUCAGAAUUUCAGUAGGCAAUGGACUCAUGUUAGCAAUUGUGUGGUAGUUUGUCAGUAGUUUGACAGUAGGAUUGUCGAUUCAAUAUCUGUAAACAUCAACAACAAAAAAAAAAAAAGAAAGAAAAAAAAAGCCAACUGCAGGAUGCUCUAAGACACUCCUGAUCGGAGCUUAAGUGGAGAUGUUUCAUUCAGGUUAUUCACUGGAGUGUUUAAAAUUUCUGUCGGCAUCAAAUUAUGGCUGUGCUGCAACCCCCUUAUUUUAUUUUAUUUAAUUUUAUUUACAUCGACUUCCUGCUUCAUCCUCCUCUAAAGUCAACGCCCGUCAAUGUCACCAUGUGGCACAGCCCCACAACUUCGUCACCAAGCAGAUUCUAUGUUUUGGCAUUGUUUAGUGUUUUCCUCUGUAGCCAUCGGCACAUAAUAUAUCGACAUAUCAGUCAAAAAUGAUGUCAGAAUUUGGAUUUCCAUGUACCAAGUACAUAUCAACUUAGUAAAUGCUGCAAAGUAUAGACCUACUAAAAUAUAGAUGUAUUUACGGUGAAUACCUGAUUAUAACCAAUAUAUGGGUAUAGAUGAAAUGAAGAGGCAGAUAUUGUGUGAAGGUAUUCAGCAAGUGAUGCUAACAGUCAAUUAAAUUUCAUUCAAACAAGAGUAUCAUUCUCCCCUUAAGGAUAAAACUGUUUCUUUUUUGUUUUUCCAUUUUAUUAGGUUGUAAAUAUGUAUUUUGAAUAUAUAUCACUGUGUUUGUUUUGAAAUUGAUUAAUUUAUUUAAUGCCUAUAUAUUGUUGUUUUCACAUGCCCUGAUUUUGUUUUACUAACAGGAAACAAAUCAAGGGGAUGAAAACAUCGUGCUUAUCUAAUGUUAAGCAGGCCACGCAUCAACACUUUUAUAAUUCAUGUUAUUCUCUUCAUUUAUGUUUUGCUGUUUCGGCUUUUGGUGAUUAUUUUACAACAACAACAAAAAAAAAAAGAUAUUCAUUUCAUUGUAUUUACUGAUAUGUAACAUAUUAUGUUUUACUGUGUUGUAUUUGAUCAGAUGUGUCGUGGUCACUGCUUGUAAAAUGAUUUUUAUUCAGAGAGUUUCCAAAUCAUGACAAAAGAUAAACAUGGUCACAGAAUCAUAAUCUGCCAUUUUGUUCAUAUAAGACAUGAUGUCACAUGCACAUUGCACCAAGAGCAGGAAUUUUAAAGAGGAUAGAGUCUUAAAAUGUUUGGCUAGGUGCACGUAGAAAGUUCAAGAAAUGUUCAUCACUGAUUUUUAGUCUUUUGAGAGCAAUUGAAACAAAUAGUUUUCAUCUCAGUACUUUUAUUUCCACAUCUUUAGCAGUGUUUUCAUGAAAAGUAUGUUCUCAAUCUACAAGAGAUUGUAGACAACAAAUUGGGUCUAAAAAUCAGGCAACUGACAACCUUCAUGUGAACAAUAAGCAGUCUAGAUUUGUAUGGAGCCCCAAAGUGUUCUAUAUUAAAUACUAAUAAAUAGUGACAUGAAUAAGUAGUUGUUAUAAUUGUUAAUAAUUGUGUAUAAUGAUCAAUUGAGCAAUUAAUGUAUUGUGAUAAUGAACCUUUUAUUUAGCAUUACAAGGCCUGGCUACCUUCCAAGGUAGCUAACCAGCUAGUAAAGCUCUAGCCGACUAAAGUUAGUUAAUACUCCUGAACAACUUAGCCUAGUUAUGUAGCUGCAAAAAAAGAAGAGGUUAAAGAAAAGGUUACUGUGUUUAUUUGCAGCAGCAGCUUCUACUUAGUUUAAUCAGAAUAACUUGAGCGUUGUUUUUGCCCUAGCUGACACGAGCUAACUAGCUAAAUUUGGAAAAGCAGUUGCUGAGCUUGCUAGCAUAAGAGAGGCUAGGGAGCUGUGAUUGGCUUAUUUAUUUUUACACUGUUUAUCUAUUUAAUAUUGAACACUCAAUGCUCUGCUGUUUUAUUAGCUAUUUUUAUUUUUGAAGUCUGAAUGUUAAACGGGGUAUGGAUGAAGUGAUAGUGAAGACGUUGAUAGUAUCAGUGCUGGGUAGAGUAGUGUGAAGAAUCGUUUUGGGGUUGUAGCUGCUGUUGUAGAGCGAAAUAUGUAGGUUCAUAGUUUGGGAAACAUCUCUGGUAUGUGUGGUAUCAGCAGCUAGUUUAGGAUCAUUUUGAAUGUGGCAGUUCUUGCACAAGAAUGCUGUACAAUGGUGAGAUGUAAUCAAAAGAUAAAAAGUGUCAGUGGUAGGAAUGCUGAAUGUGUGGUGAUCCUGUCAGGUGAUGUUGUGCAGCUUUUAUUUGCAAUUUUUAACCAUCACAGGAGGAGUCUUCUAUAGAGUUUGGUGUUCCUAAAUAUUGUGAACAAGCUUUUUAACUACACCUACUUACAUUUAUCUGGAGCUGCACAGCAAAAAAAGAAAAAAAACAAUUAAAAAAAGUAUUUUUCUCUUUCAUUUCAUUUUGGCAGAUAAAGUUUACAUUUCAUGCACACAAAAAGCUUCCACAUUGUAGGUAAAUUUGUAGGUAAAAGUGCCAACUUCAUUUAGUUGCAAACUGCUGGGGUGUAUUGACUUGAAAUCAUGACAUGCUUGACUUUUAGCAAUUUCUCAUGAUGUUUGUAGUGAACAAUCUUUACUUCAGAUGGUCACAUUAAUGUUUGUGGCUAGAUCAGAUGUUUUCUGAAGUGUGCGUGUUUUGCAGUAGUGGACAAUAGAGGCUAUUUUGAAGUGUUGUGUUUUCAACGCUAAUUUGAUCUUUCUAACUGGAGUGGUGUGAUCCGUCACUGUGGUUGAAGGUUUAACGUGAAGCUGAAAGACAUUCCCGUGGUGGCUUUGAGGUUGUAUAGGCAUCUAACAAUUUGACUUAGCAUGAAAGGAGGUUUUUGCACAGAUGUCAGGACAGGACUUGAAAAGUCUAAUUUUGUGUUAUAUUAUACAGAUUAUCUCACUACCAUUGAGGGUGGAUGCAUCUGUGAUUUUGAAAGUAGCAGAGAUUUUCCCAAGAUGCAUUUACCUGUUCAUAAAAGGAAAUUCUUCAUUUUCAGAUGUUAACUGGACUAAGCUGGAGGGACGUCAUCAAAUGUGAAGAUAUUCAACAUUUUAAUUCAAGUAACGUUGCUGAGUUUAAUUCAUAGGCGCUGAUCGUGUGUCGCGGCCUUGAGAGUCAGUCAGUGGGAUGUUUGCUCUCAUAUUCUGCCUUUUAAUGUGCUUAGUUCUCAAAGGGUGUAGCAAGUGACAGGUGUGGUUGUUUCUCGCAGUCAGUCCAGACCCUCAUGUUGGUCUUACUUACUGCUCUUAAACGAUGGGACGCCCGUUGGAUACAGUUGAGUUUGGUGUCAAGACAGUGAGGUGAUCCGGUUCUGUCCCAGUGACAAAGAGACUGACUUGAUUUUUGAGGCUGUGACACUGUGCUUAACAAUGCAAUGAGGAGUGUCAUCCCAUCCAUCACUACAUUUUCACAUACACUUCACAACAUAACCCUGUUGGAUGCCAUGGGCUCAAUGCUGUUAGAAACUUUUGCUAAGGUUUCCCUCUCAUGGGGCAAGAAGUACUUCAGGAUUUAUUUUGCAACGACUGCAACAAAAUAUGAUAUGAGGUAUUAUUAAAACAAAUAUAAAGAUGUGGCUUUUUGUCAUGAUUUAAAUGAGACUGAACUGAAAUUAUGCCAUUUUGUCAUUGUGCUAAAAUGAAUAUAAAUAUUAUAUAUUAAAAUAUAUUUGCUAACCUAUA